GGCCCGGGACAGUGACUUCUCUCUUUCUCUCUUUCUCUCAUCGUGGGCACCCGCGUUAAUCGCCACUUCAACCAGAGAAUAUUUGUUUAAUUGGCGACUUCUCAGCUAUUCGACGCGUUGAGAUGGGGUCAUCUACCGCCGACAAUACGGUCUUACAAAAGCGUUUGGAUGAAGCAGAACGUCUGGAGGUAGAAUUGAAGCGUGCUUAUGAUGCCCAGCAUGAUCUCGUUGUGAACCUUCGUAACUCCCUCACCGCCGUUCACCAGUUUCCUCCCGAAAUUCUAUCCGAAAUUUUUUGCGCCUACAUGGAAGCGAACCGUGACACGCCUCUCGCACAGCUUCUACUCAUGCAUGUAUGCCGCAUAUGGAGGCAGACCGCGCUUGAAAACACACCUCGAAUUUGGGCUUAUCUAUACCUCACCAUUCGCGCAAAUACAACUAUAGAAUACGGAUCAAUUAUCACAGAAUGUCUCAGUCGAAGCAGUCUUCCUGCCGAUAUUCACAUUGACACUCGCACUUCCCCAUUGAAGAAAUACGUCAGGUCCCUGAAGCUUAUCCCUUCCGGAAUUAUCGAUGCUCUAGUUCCCAUCUGUUCUCGCAUUCGCACCUUAACACUCCAAGGACCUCUCAAAAACUUUCUUCCGUUGAUCAACCUUCCUCGAAAUUCUUUUCCUGUCCUCACCGAACUCGACUGUAACAUCCUCGUUGAUUCCAACGGAGAACGAAUCUCUGCAUUCGAAGGCUCCGCUCUUCAAGAGCUGAGGUGGCGGUGCGGAGGUGUCGAUGCCGGCUUGGGACCGUCAAUAUUCUCGUCUAAUGGGUCGAUUUUUUGGGGAACGUUAGCAUCUCUUGCAUUUGAUGCUACUCAAGUCACGACACUCUACCUCACCGAUAAUCUAAGUUAUCACGGCAACGACACAUGGAAUAUACUGGCCAGGUUCACGAACCUUGUCUCUUGUACAUUGUAUACUCCUUUCUUCGAGACCGAUUUAGUGAACGGAAUAACUUUCGCCAAACUCACAACGUUGAUCAUGUUUUGUGAUUAUGAGGAGAUACUGGAGCGAAUAACCCUACUCGCGCGACUAUUGCUCCGACGUUGAUUGAUCUUCUCCAACGCUCUCAAUGUCCUCUAGCUCACCUAUCGAUAAUCCGGGCCGAAUCUCUCACGAACAAAGACCUUUCCUCUAUCAUCGACAGCUUCAGCUCCAUUCUGCACUCCUUCACCAUUGUAGGAAGGAAAAUUAUUCCGAAGAA